AUCUAGAUAUAUAGAUCACCUUAAUCUAUAUUCUUAUCAUCCUUGUUAAUUAAUAAUCCACCAACCACCAUGCAUGAGAUGUCCUACAUGGGCCCCCGGGCCUUCAACCAUGAACAAAGCUCCGAUGCGGAAGCCGAGUAUGACCGUCUCCGCGACCUCGCCCGGCAAGAAGCCGCGAAGCGCAAUUCCUGUUUCCAGCGCUCCAAAGAAGCAUACUCCAGCGGCGAUGGCGCCCAAGCCAAAGAACUUUCCGAGCAAGGCAAAGCGCACGGCCGCAAGAUGGACGAGUACAACAAGCAGGCCUCGGAGUUCAUCUUCCGCGAGAAUAACGCCAACGGACGCGUCGAUGCGGAUACCAUCGAUUUGCACGGACAGUUCGUCGAGGAGGCAGAAGAUAUUCUAGAAGAGCGCAUCAAAUACGCCAGGGCGCAUGGCCAGACGCACCUUCACGUGAUCGUCGGAAAAGGUAACCAUUCCGCCAAUCAUGUCCAGAAAAUCAAACCCCGCGUUGAGCAAAUCUGUUCCGAACUCGGACUCCAGUACGCAACAGAGGAAAAUGCCGGGCGCAUCUACGUGAACCUUACGGGUGGACCGGCCGAUAUGUCUUCCUCUCAGUCUCAUGCUGGCAAUGCUGGCGGUUAUCCUGGACAACAGCAUUAUCAACAGCAGCAGCAGCAGUACCCGCAACAACAACAACAACAACAACAACAACACGGCCAGCAACAGAACCAGAACCAGGACGAGAUCGAGCAAGUGGUUAAUCAGCUUCUUCCGCGGGUGUUGCGCAAGUUGGAGAAGGCUUGCUGUGCUAUUAUGUAGGAGGAUGGGUUUAUCUUUUUCAUGAUUUAAGGAUUACAUAUUUGGUAAAUACUAUUGUAUUACGACGUUAAUAAUAAUAUCAUUCUUAUGAGUGUGGGACUUACCAUUACCCGCAGUACUACUUCCCUACCCCUUGAGGAAGUUGGAAAAACCCCAGCUAGAAAACGAGACAAGAGGUCAUCAUGUCAUUAUUAUCAUAGUAGCCAAACUAACCCAUCUAAGCAAACAACCUUGACCAAAAUCAAAGCCAAACACGCCACAGAAUACGAAAGAUAGAAAAAAAAAAAAAAAAAGAAAAGAAAUAAGGAAAAAUUCAUUCAGAUGUUUCAUGCCUAUCUUUCAAUGUCGUCUCCGUAAUUUUAUCCAGAAUAGCGCGGACCAUGGCCCCGUCGUUCUGGC